AUGGAUAUUUUAAAUGAAAUAUAUUUCAAGAGUUCAGAAGAAAACGAAAAAAAUUUUACAUUUUGGCAGAAUUAUUUAGAAAGCUUGACGAAUUUAGAUUUCAGUGUAUUUAGUGAUAAGUUAAAAAUUCCUACUUUAGUCCCCAUUGGAAGCAGAAUAUUGUUCAGAGGUGAGCUAAUACAUACAAAUGAAGUCACUGCUGCACUAGGCGCCGACUAUUUCGUAAAAUGUUCAAUUAAACAAGCUGAGGUACUAAGACAACACAGAAUCAAAGAUGCCCAAGAGAAACUGGAUAUGUAUAUCAAAGAAAAGGAUUAUUUUGAAAAUCAAUUGUCUCUUACAAGAAAGACUCUAUAUGAUAAAGAGGGGGAGGAAAUUAUAGAAUACUACUCUGAAGAAGAUGAUAAAGUAUGGAGGGCAAAACACAGAGAAAAUGUUAGAAAAUAUAAACAAAACAAAAAUAGAGCGGAAGAGACAGAAAGUGUGAACAUGACAGAUGAAGAGUUAUGGGAAAGGUUAGAAGAGUUAGAAUUGCAAGAGGAAUUGGAAAAUGAAUUGGCCAUUACACCAAUUCACACACAAAAAGUACCAAAAGAUAUUGAGGAAAGAAAUCUGGCAAAUCCAAAUCAAGAUUUUGAAGAUAACAGCAAAGAAAAAAAGGAAAAAGAAAAUAAAAAAAUUAUUCAAGAGAAACUUUGUAAUAAAAGAAAUGAAAAGCCAAAUGAAAUUACUUACAAAGAAACCCAAGUUCCAGAGCCACCAUCAAAAUUGGAUAUAUUACAGCAAGUAAUAAAUAAACAGAGUGAAUUGGAAGACAAAUUGCAUGAAUUAAAAAAUAGAAAAAGAUCUCAAACUAAGAAUGAAAAAGAUCUACUGUCAAGGCUAGAUGAACUUGAACAACUUGAUGAGCUUGAGGAUGACAUGGAUAGAUUAGAAGAUAUUAUUGAUAAUGAAGGUGUCGAACAAGCAGAAGAAGAAUUAGAUGAUAAUGAGCAAGAGGGCCAAAUACCAAAAAUACAACGGCGGGUAUCAUUUGUUGAUGAAAAUGAUAGCAAUACUUUAGAGAUAACUUUCAAACACAGUGACACAGAUCUUAUUUAUGAGCCUUAUGAUGCUAGUCAAGGCAUACAGAAACCAAGUGAUAUCUAUCAAGCACACUCUAACCUUUUUGGAACUGCAACCACAUCUAUUCUCAAGAAGUCAAAAUAUGAAACAGCAGAUGAUAAAGGACCUCCUAUAAUAUUGCUAAAAGAAAAUGCUAUACCAGUUAAGUUCCAGGAAAGUGGAAGUCAAGAAGUUAUUGUAGUUAAAGAUAUUGUGGAGAAAGUUGAUCAUAAUACUAAAUUAUUAAGCCAGUCAAGGCCUACCAGUUUAUUCAAGAAAAAACGAAUGCAGAAUAAGUCUUAA